AUGGAUUCUGCAGUAACCCUUCCCUCCCAUUCCCAAAAUCACACCUCCAGUCCACAGCAAGUCCGCAUCAACGGCUUUCUUGUCUAUACUCGCCGUAAGCGCUCUCUCCAUUCCGCCAAUGAUGCCGCUAAGAGACUCAAAACUGAAGAAAUUAAAUCCGAAGCAGCUCUAGACGCCGUUUUCAAGCUCCCCAAGGUUGAGUCCCAAGACGGUGCCAUUUUUGCGGAGAAAGAUUUAACUAAGGCAGAAUUGAAUACCAAGAAAGAGAUCGUCAUGGUCAACAAGAAGCCCGUCACCGUCAAGGAACUAUUCGAAACUGGUCUACUCGAAGGGAUUCCAGUAGUUUACGUUGGUUGCAAGAAGGAUUCAACUUCAGAAUUGCGGGGUAUAAUUACAGAUGGUGGAAUCUUGUGCUCAUGCCGACUGUGCAAUGGAUGCAAGGUUAUUCCACCUUCCCAAUUUGAGAUUCAUGCAUGCAACAUAUAUAAGAGGGCAGCACAAUAUAUUUGCCUUGAAAAUGGGAAGAGCCUGCUUGAACUGUUGAGAGCAUGCAGGGCAGCUCCGCUCCAUACUUUGGAGACUACCAUUCAAAAUUUUGAUGCUUCCCUGCUUCCAAUGUGGAAAGAGUGGGGCUUUUGUGUCUAUCUUGCGUGGAAUCAAGAAAAUCUGAAAGCAGUUCUAUUCAUGCUGUUGGCAAAAGAGUCAGGGGCUAAUAAGCUCUUGUCGAUUAAGAAGAAACUAUUGAUGGAAGGUAUUUGGGAAUCAGAAGGUGAUGUUAACCCUGUUUGGGAUGGGAUGUCUAAGAAUGUUCAUAGAGUUUAUGAUUGGUCAAUUAUUGUAAGCUUGUUCGCCUUCGUAGCUCUGUUCAUUGUUGCUGUUGUUUGCACUCGCCACCGUUCGUACUCUUUGUCGUUCACCCUUGUUGUUGUUCAUGCUCGUUAUACGUUUGCCUUCAUAACUUGUCCCCUCGGCCAGUAUUAUUCUCCCGUUCAUGUUCUUGUUGUACAUCUGAGUUGUGUAUAUCUCCUCAAACUAAGAGACACUGGAAGACGAGAACAAAGUUGGUAUCAACGAAUACAUAAAUUAAUUUUUGAAGAGGAUGGAUUGCCUAAUGGAGCUGAAGUAGCUUAUUAUGCUCGUGGACAGAAAUUGCUUGAGGGUAUCAAAACACGAUCUGGAAUUGUCUGUAGAUGUUGCAAUACUGAGAUCAGCCCCUCACAGUUUGAGGUCCAUGCAGGCUGGGCUUCACGCAGGAAACCUUAUGCAUACAUCUACACAUCAAAUGGGGUGUCACUCCAUGA